UUGCUCAUUGGCAGGUUGAAAGCUGUGAUCUGCAGUGUUUUGCCAGGAUUUUGAUUGGGUGGAUUACCCGCCCGGAGAAGAUCGUCUGAGAGGCCCAAAAACCCACCCCCUCCCCCAUUUGCAGACGCACGGUUGUAUUUUUUAAUACAUCUGAGCGUCGUGCAUUUGCAUGCAGCGUUCGUUAGGGGGAGCGGACUCCGCGGGUUGUGCGCCUGUAUCGCACAGUAACCCAGCCUCGCGGAAACGCUGUGAGUACCUGGGGAAAACCCCGGGGCCUGGCGUUCAAAGAUGGAUUCCUUCACGAAGCACUAGACGAGAUGGUAACUCCACAAACAACUCCGCUAACAACUCUGCGAUCCCCUCCGCAAGCGAGAAAGAACGACACGAUGCAAUCUUUAGGAAAGUGAGAGGCAUCUUAAACAAGCUUGCUCCUGAAAAGUUUGACAAGCUAUGCCUUGAGCUCCUCAAUGCGGGUGUAGAUUCCAAACUCAUCCUCAAAGGAGUCAUACUGCUUAUUGUAGACAAAGCCCUUGAAGAGCCAAAGUACAGCUCACUCUACGCUCAGCUAUGUCUGCGAUUAGCAGAAGAUGCACCAAACUUUGACGGCCCAUCAGAGGGUCCACCAGGACAGAAGCAAAACUCAGUAAGCACGUUUAGACGCCUCCUAAUUUCUAAGCUUCAAGAUGAAUUUGAGAAUAGAUCCAGAAAUGUUGAUGUUUACGACAAGCGGGACGGUCCCCUCCUUCCUGAGGAAGAGGAACAGAGAGCCAUCGCCAAGCUCAAGAUGCUGGGAAACAUCAAAUUUAUUGGAGAGCUUGGCAAGCUUGAUCUUAUUCAUGAAUCUAUCCUUCAUAAGUGCAUCAAAACACUUUUGGAAAAGAAGAAGAGAGUUCAACUUAAAGACAUGGGGGAAGAUUUGGAGUGUCUCUGUCAGAUAAUGAGGACAGUGGGGCCGAGGUUAGACCAUGAAAAAGCCAAGUCCUUAAUGGAUCAGUACUUUGCCCGUAUGUGCGCCUUGAAGUCUAGUAAGGAUUUGCCAGCGAGGAUUCGUUUCCUGCUGCAAGAUACUGUGGAGUUGCGAGAAAACCGUUGGGUUCCUCGCAAAGCUUUCAAUGACAAUGGACCAAAGACUAUCAAUCAAAUCCGCCAAGAUGCAGUAAAAGAUCUAGGGGUAUUUAUUCCUGCUCCUAUGUCUCAAGGAAUGCGGUCGGACUUCUUUUUGGAGGGACCGUUCAUGCCACCAAGAAUGAAGCUUGACAGGGACCCACUAGGAGGACUUGCUGACAUGUUCCGGCAAAUGCCAGGUAGUGGGAUUGGUACUGGUCCAGGGGUCAUACAGGAUAGAUUUUCCCCCACCAUGGGACGUCAUCGUUCAAAUCAGCUCUUCAACGGCCAUGGAGGGCACAUCAUACCUCCAGUGCAGUCUCAAUUUGAAAUUGGAGGCAAACCAUUUAUGAAAAGCCAGGGGCAAAGCCAACUUUACCAGAGUCAAGGAAUUUUAUCGCAGCAAGGACAGUCUAAAGACAUGCCCCCUCGAUUUAUUAAAAAGGGGCAGCUUAAUGCAGAUGAGAUCAGCCUGAGGCCUGCUCAGUCUUUCCUAAUGAAUAAAAACCAAGUGCCAAAGCUUCAGCCUCCAAUGACUAUGAUACCCCCUCGCACUCAAACACCACCCAUGGGGCAGACUCCUCAGCUUGGCCUAAAAACCAACCCACCACCCAUUCAGGAGAAGCCACCAAAAAGUGUUAAGAAGCCUCCACCCUCGAAAGAAGAACUGAUUAAACUUACUGAAGCUUUUGUGACUGAAUACUUGAAUAAUGGAAAUGCGGCUGAGGCUAUAAAUAGUGUGAAAGAAAUGCGUGCUCCCAAACACUUUAUUUCCGAAAUGAUUAGCAAGAUAGUCCUUCAGUCCUUGGACCGGUCAGAUGACGAUAAGGAGAGGGCAAGUUCUCUGAUAGGUAUUCUGCGCCAGGAGGGCUUUGCAACUAGUGACAAUUUCAUGCAGGCUUUCCUAAAUGUGCUGGACCAGUGCCCCAAGUUAGAGGUUGAUAUACCUCUUGUGAAGUCAUACCUGGCACAGUUUGCAGCCCGUGCCAUAAUCGCUGACCUGGUGAGCAUUUCUGAGCUGGCUCAGCCCCUUGAGAACGGUACCCACUUCCCGCUCUUCCUGCUCUGCCUUCAGCAAUUGGCCAAGCUUAAAGACCGUGAAUGGCUGACAGAGAUAUUCCAGCAAAGCAAGGUUAACAUGCAGAAAAUGUUACCAGAAAUCGAUCAGAAUAAAGACCGGAUGCUGGAGAUCUUGGAAGGAAAAGGACUCAGCUUCUUGUUUCCACUUAUGAAAUUGGAAAAGGAAUUGCUGAAACAAAUAGAAAUGGAUCCAUCUCCGCAAGCGAUAUACAAGUGGAUUAAGGAUAACAUCUCUCCUAAACUUCAUGUAGAUAAAGGAUUUGUGAAUAUUUUGAUGACCAGCUUUUUACAGUAUAUUUCUAAUGAGGUAUGUCCAUCAGAAGACCCUGAUCUGUCUGCUCCUUCCAAAGAGCAGUUGGAGCAGGAGAAGCAGUUGCUGCUUUCCUUCAAGCCAGUAAUGCAGAAGUUCCUUCAUGACCAUGUCGAUCUGCAAGUUAGCGGCCUCUAUGCACUACAGGUUCACUGCUACAGUAAAAGCUUUCCUAAAGGCAUGUUACUGCGCUUCUUUGUCCAUUUUUACGAUAUGGAGAUCAUUGAGGAAGAAGCCUUCUUGGCCUGGAAGGAAGAUAUUACUCAAGAGUUUCCUGGGAAAGGAAAAGCUCUAUUCCAGGUGAACCAGUGGCUGACCUGGCUGGAGACUGCAGAAGAGGAAGAGUCUGAGGAGGAAGCAGACUAACACCCAGCCAAAGCCUUAACUUGUGCAAACAUACUGUGUCUAUGAUGUAACCGCGUUCGACCUAACCACUGCGAAAAUUCAUUCCGCUGUAAUAUUACCGCAGAGGCAUGUCUGUAGGAUCUCUUCUGCAUAUAAUGAUUUUAGUGUAAUGUCUUAAUCAUAGUCUGCCAUCCAAUAUUUUAGAGUAUCUGUAAUGUUUAGAACAGUGUAUUAGCAGCAUGCAAUAAUUACAUCAUACGUUCACACAGAAGUGGUGUGUUGCAAGGACGUUCUUUGCUGCCGGUUAACGUUAGGCUGUUGGGGUGGGGGGAAACCUGAAUAGCAACACUGAAUACUGUAGAAGACUCACUUUGCUCAGUGUAAUACUUGAGUUGUUGCAAUAUUUGAUUCAUUUGGUUGUUACAGAGAAACCUUAACUGUAAUCGAUGGUUUGUUGCCGUAAUAGUAUAUUGCCUGUAUUUCUACCUCUAGUAAUGGGCUUUUUGUGCUAGAUUUUAAUAUCUUUUUGAGCCUGGGCAAGUGUAAAAGUCUUUAAAGAAGAAGAAAAAAAAUGAGUUUACUUGCACAAAAACCGAUCCGUUGCGUGGGUAAGAGAGGCCCUCCUAAAUGGUAUUGUGGGUGAGAAACCGAACUGGUCCUCCUUAUAGUAUUGAAAUUAAGUCUACUUAAUUUAUCAAGUCAUGUUCAUGCCCUGAUUUUAUAUACUUGUAUCUAUCAAUAAACAUUGUGAUACUUGA